AAUGGAUUAUGUCCAGGGGCAUAUGCAUUCUUCAGUUUUCUAUUCUCUGCCUCUAUUUUAACUUGGUUUCAGAAAUGAAGAAGUGUUUUACAUACUGUAUUUUCCUUCUUGUCUUAUUGACAUGUAAUCUUUUAAGGAAUGUUCAUGGAAGCAAUGCAUCAAAUAAAAGUAGGCAAGAUGUUGCUAAUGUUGCAUGGCAGACAGCAUCGAAGCUCGUGAAAUCAGCAUGCAAGAUGACGUUAUACCCUCAAAUUUGUGUCUCCAGCCUGGCAUCUUAUCACGAGCAUUCGGGUUCAUACCAGGAUCUUACCAAGAGUGCUGUGAAGCUGGCUCUUCUACGACUUCACCAGCUCUCUGCUCUGGCUUCUGGGAUUAGCCAUGAAAGUUGGAAAGGAAAACAGGGUGUAGCACUUGCUGAUUGCAUUCAACUUUUUCUGUUUUCAACAGAUCAGCUCAAUGAAUCACAUUCUGUUUUAGUUGCACUGAAAUCAGAAUCCGUCGAGAGACAGAUUAACGACGUGCAGACUUGGCUCAGCGCGUCUCUUACAAACCUCCGGACCUGCACGGACGGUUUGAAAAAUUUAGACGGCACUGUGAAAACUCGUAUCUAUGAGAAAGUUCAAAAUGUAUCCGCAAUGGUGAGCAAUUCACUUGCUUUUGCCAAUGGAAUUUGCUCGAGUACUAGGAGGAACAAAAUGCGAAUGGAUUUCAGCCAUCACCGUCGUCUGUUCUGGAAUGGGGAUGGAAUUAGUAGGGGUUUGAGUAGGAGAGGGAGAUCUAUUAAUGAAGAUUUUCCUGCGGGGAUGUCUAAGGAGGAUCGGCGGCUACUCAUGUCAGCGCAGGCAGGGAUAAAAGUCGACGUUAUGGUAGCUAAGGAUGGGAGCGGGAAAUACAGGACGAUUGCGGACGCUCUGAAUGCUGCUCCCAUGCAAAGCCAGAAGAGAUACGUUAUUUAUAUUAGAGGUGGAAUCUAUGAAGAAAAACUGAUCGUGACAAAGCAGAACAUAAUGCUUGUUGGGGAUGGGAAGGGUGUCACUGUUAUCGCUGGUAGCAACAGCCAUACCCAGGACUCUAGCCCAUUGACAGCUAAUUUUAUGGCGUGUGCAAAUGGAUUUAUGGCUCGUGACAUCACGUUCCAGAACACAGCAGGACCGUACAAAGGGCAAGCGGCUGCUCUUCUAGUAAGAUCAGACCGUUCUGUGUUCUACAGAUGCAGCAUAAUUGGGUACCAAGACACCCUAUAUGCGCAUUCUCAGCGCCAAUUUUACAGAGAAUGUGAUAUCUAUGGAACAAUCGACUUCAUCUUCGGCAACGCAGCCGCUGUGUUUCAGGCGUGCAAUCUGAUAGCCCGGAAGCCGUUGAAGGGGCAAUCAAAUGUAAUAACAGCCCAAGGAAGGGGGGAUCCCAACGAGAACACCGGUUUCUCCAUGCAUAACUGUACGGUGCUCGCAGCCGCCGAUCUUGUGCCGGCAGAAAAAUCGGUCCCAACCCACCUGGGAAGGCCAUGGCAGAAAUACGCUCGUACAGUUUACAUGCAGUGUUUCAUGGACAACCUGGUUCAACCCUCUGGGUGGCUUGAAUGGGAUGGAAAUUUUGCUUUGAAAACCUUGUACUAUGGAGAAUAUAUGAACUCCGGACCAGGGGCAGCAACUGCAAACCGAGUUCAGUGGCCAGGAUAUCGAGUUAUUAAGUCUGCAAUGGAGGCCAGUCAAUUUACAGUGAAUGGGUUGAUCAAUGGUUAUUCUUGGUUACCUUCUACUGGUGUUGUCUACCAGGGUGGACUAAUACAAUGAACUAUUCAUUGCAGACAUAACUUUAAUUUAUUGUAUUAUGGCAAUUUUCAAAUAAUGAAUCAUGGACAAGCAUUUAGAAUAGUGGUUGCAGAAAAUUGUACAAUGGAAGUGCGUGAUAGUUGUGCUCGACUAUAGCAUGUUGGAUCUUCAAUAAAGUUAUGAAUGGCGUUACUUUA